CCCACUGCUAUUAUUUAAGUGCAGCUUUUCCAUUCCCUGGUUAUGGAAAUCUGCAUUUAGUUACUUAGUCACAGCUGUUAUAUGGGUGUAAUAACUGUCACCUGGAUGUUUAUCGCUGUCACGCUAAUAAAUGAAGUAGAUCGAUAGGGGGUAAAAGUGAGCUCGUGAGCUAGCAUAGCGGCAGACACCAUCAUUGAGUGCCGUACGGUGGGCGUGCACAGCAUGUAGCUAGCUAGUUAGAAAUGACAAACGACCAUGGUGACUAGUACUCGUGUAUCUCGUUGCUGCUUCUGACUCUUUACCCUAACGUGGACGGCGUCCGCGUUUGAAACAACUCCCCCUAAAACCUCUCCGACGCAAAAGCAAAUGCAGCAUUUUUUUAGGGGAGUGAGUAGAUAUUUAAGUUAGCUCAAAGGCACAAUACGAUGGAGCGAGCGAGCUAACGCCAAAGAGAUAAACAUCGGCAGUGUUGGCAUUUUAAAAAGCAGGAUGUGCGGCGUGUCGGGAUGACAGGAAGAUGGCAAACGGCGUUGGGAAACACAAGCUGCUUGUCAUUGGACCGACAGAACCAUGGUCAGUGAGGGAGAAGCUGUGUUUGGCCACAUCGGUGAUGAAGAGUGGAGACCAGAACUGGGUCUCUGUCAGCCGGGCCAUCAAACCAUUUGCAGAACUUGGGCGACCACCUGACUGGUUCUCUCAAAAGCAUUGUGCCUCCAAAUACUCUGAGCUUCUGGAAAACACUGAAGCCCCAAAGAGGAAGCGAGGUGAAAGGGGGGAGGUGGUGGAGACGGUGGGGGACGUGAUCGUGCGCAAGCUGACAGCUGAGAGGAUUGACGAAUUGAAAAAGUUGAUUAAGCAAACCCAAGAGGAGCACAGGACGCUGAAGAGAGAGUCAGAACUCAUUCAAGCUGGUCAUCUGGACUCCAAACUGGAAGAGUUAUGGAAGGAAAUUCAGCGGAAACAGAAGCUGGAAGAGGAAGAAGCAGAGUUGAAAAAGAAAUGCACAGAUGCUGCCUAUCAGGCCAGACAGGUAGCAAAGAACACACCUCGACGUGUGGCAGGUGCCACCAUGCAUUCACCCUCUGGUUGUAACUCACCGAGCGUGGAGUUUCCAUCAGGUGAUCCUCUCCCAUGCUUGACUCCAGAUUUUUCCUCCACAAAAGAUGCCUCAGGAUCCUCCAGGUUGAUGUCAUUUGCAGACUCUUCUGGCUCUGGUAACGAGAACCCCACCCUAGUGGAUGACCCCACCCAAAAGAAGCUCUUGUCCCAGAGAGGCACCCCGCCUCCGUCUCCACUGCUCUCUGAGCUACUGAAGAAAGGCAAUAUCUUGGCUACAACGUCUAGACUGACGGGAGAGCGUGACGUGUCCACUGGUAAUAUGACAGCAGCACAUGACUUACAGCUGGCUCUACCCUGUCAACCCUUCUCUCCUGCAUCAGGUGCUCCCAUGUUGUCUCGUCUCCUGGAAGCGGGUCCCACACAGUUCUCGACCCAGUUAGGCUUCAUGGUCAACACUGAUCCUACCUCCAUCACCACCCCAGCUCCUGUGAAGACUGUUGCCUCAGCAUGUUCAGAUGUGGAUGUGAUGGUGCCAACUGCGUCCCAUGGGUGCCAGCCGCCUACUACAGGUGUUAAACUUUCAGAGCUGAGCGAGGAGGAUGUGACAGUUUCCUACAUGGGAGAUGAACUUGACCUGAAGACGGUGGGGGACAUCAUUGCCAUCAUUGAGGACAAGGCUGCAGAUGCUCUAGAUGCAGCUGCAGUGGAGGCUGCUCUCUUCCUAUGUGAAGAGAAUGGCCACACGCUGCCUGGCGCCUGGCAGACUGAGUCCUUGCACACCCAAGAGGCUCACUGCUUGGAGCCCACAGCGGCCCCAUCAUCCUCAUCUCUCUGUAGCCUGACAGAGAAUGCUGAAAAUUUGGACAUUGAGGGCGAAACUUCAGCUUCUGUGUACAGUAGUCAGGAUAACUGUGAAGCAGAAACCCCAGAGGUACUGAGUGGCCUUCCGCCCACCUCCUCAUCCAAUUCCAGGGGUUCGGCGCGCUGCCACAGUGAAGCAACUGAACAGCCCAAGGCUGUGAGAGACACAGCAGAGAUGGUGCACCAUAAAAGCCACAUUUCUUUAGAAGAGAAGUGGGCUCAGCAAAGGUCUGAUAACCCCUGUGAAGAAUCACUGUUAAAAGAUUGCCCAGUGACAGAAAGGCAUGAGAAGGACAUAAAGGAAGAGAGUGGAAGAAGCGUCGCCAGCAAAGAAAACGCCUCAGGGACUAAUGUGGAUAAUGAGGUUAACGGGCCAGAGGAUGAAGAAGAUGAAGAUGAUGAGGAGGAAGAAGAAGAUGGAGACGGGGUGGACGGGUUCUCAUCAGAAGCUGAUGGCGAGAUGGAGAUGGAGCGUGCGGCCAGCGAGAGCGAAGAUGCGUGCAGCCUCCACACUGCAUCAUCAUCACUGCAGCUCCACACCACGGCCGACUCCAUCCCCAGCAGCCCUGCCUCAUCACAGUUCUCUUUGUGCAGUGAGGACCUGGAAGCUCUACAGGCUCACAAGAUCUGGAAAAAGGCCAUCAUGUUGGUUUGGAGGGCAGCAGCCAAUCACAGGUAUGCAAAUGUCUUCCUGCAGCCAGUGACAGAAGAAAUUGCACCAGGAUAUCAUGGUAUUGUGCACAGGCCCAUGGAUCUGGCCACCAUCAAGAAGAACAUCGAGAGCGGUUCUAUGCGAACCACAGCCGAGUUCCAGCGGGACAUCAUGCUGAUGUUUCAGAACGCUGUCAUGUACAACAGCUUGGAUCACGAUGUGUACCACAUGGCCGUGGAGAUGCAGCGAGAUGUCCUGGAGCAGAUCCAGCAGUUUUUGGCCACCCAGCUCAUCAUGGAAACCUCAGAGUCCGGUAUCAGCGCCAAGAAUUUGAGAGGUCGUGAGGGUCUGCGGCGACAGGACUCCACUGACAAGGAUGCAUUCUCCAUGUCCUCCCCUGCUUUUCUGCUGUCUCUCUUUGAUGGAGGCACCAGAGGGCGCCGGUGUGCCAUUGAAGCUGACCUCAAAAUGAAGAAGUGAACAAAAACAGGUUGAAUAAUUUCCUUAAAUGAAAAGUGUUUAUACUUCCAAAAAAAUGAACUGUAAAGAUUCCCCCUCUGCGUCAUAUGUGCAGCAUAAUCCUCAAUGUGCUCUCUGUAUUCCAAUGAGCAGCAGCAACACUGUGAUGUGGGGAAGCUCCUAUCUUGCAGAAAUGGAUUACACGUAAUCCCAGAUUACAAAAGGGGAUUCCAGAAGAGUAGGUCAUAAGCUUGCGAUAGCUGCUCAUCACUCAUAGCCUUCUAACAGGCAAAUACAUCAGGUUGUAGAAAUGAACAUAAAAAGUGUCUCCAAGCCUCAAAGUCAAUUAAUCCUAAACCAGGAAAGGCCACAUGUAGAGUGGUGGGCUGUGAUAAAUGCACUACUGUCAUGACAAUGAUGUGUGAAACCAGGCGCCAAAGAGUUUGAUUUCCUUAACCUUUUGGUAGUCUGAGUUUAAAAAAAAAUCUUGCUCAGAGUGGAAGAUCAAAUAUUUUUGUUUCCUAAUUUUAACAAUCUUGAAAUAAUUUUAAAUGAUGUAUAUUUUGUGGUUGUUUUGACCCCACCUAACUGUGUUUUAAGUGGAACAGUAUUGUGGAUACCUUCUCACUCUGUUAACUGUGGUUUGUGGUUGUGACAAUAAUGAAAUCUUUACUUUUAAACAAUAAACUCAUAUUUGGCUUGUAGUCACGUGUUUCAGGCUUGUCAUUAGGUGCUAUAAUAUCAAACUAUUGCCAGCUAAAGAAUUUCAAUUUCGACAUACAGUUACAUACGGUAGUGACCCUGGUGGACACGAUUGUCUCAUUCAUUCAGAUGACCCAAAGAAACACAAAUAAAACAACCCACAUACCUUUUUUAAUUUUCUGACUGACAAAUGUCCUUAUCUUACCUCUUCUGUGGAGGUAAACCAGUGUGUUUCAUUGAUUUAAAACUUCUUGCUAAAAUAGGUAUGUCAUAAAAACACUCUUUACUAGGGUGCAUGCAACAGGAACAAAAUGUUAAA